AAAGAACAUAGGCUCGUAGUCCUCAGAGUUAGAACGUAAACAAUACUUGGAGUUUGAGAACCAUAGUUUGAUCAACACUUCAAGAUGGGAGAACGUAAAGGAGUCAACAAGUACUAUCCUCCUGACUAUGACCCAAGUAAAGGGGGCCUCAACAAAUUUCAGGGCACGCACGCCUUGCGCGAGCGUGCCCGAAAGUUGCACAUGGGCAUUCUCAUCAUACGAUUUGAAAUGCCCUACAACAUCUGGUGUGAAGGAUGUGAGAACCACAUUGGCACAGGUGUAAGAUACAAUGCAGAAAAGAAGAAGGUGGGAAUGUAUUACUCAACCCCCAUUUACCAGUUUCGAAUGAAGUGUCAUCUUUGCGACAACCAUUUUGAGAUAAAGACUGAUCCAGCUAACUUAGACUAUGUGAUAGUGAGUGGGGCAAGGCGGCAGGAGAGACGAUGGGACCCGACUGAAAAUGAACAAGUUGUUCCUGAAGACAAGGGGGUCACGCGUAAGAUGGCAGCUGAUGCCAUGUUCAGACUAGAGCAUGGUGUAGAUGACAAGAACAAAUCGAAAAAAAUAGACCUAUCCUUGAGGCAACUAGAGGAAUUCCAGACGGAGCGUUGGUUUGAUGACUACGGUGCGAACAGAGCCCUGAGGGCAGCAAUGAGAGUAAAACGCAACGAGGCAAAGGCACAAGAGGCAAAAGAUGCCUCAUAUAACUUCUUGGAUCCUCUGCUUCCACCCGAUGAUAAUGAUGCCAAGGUUGCCAAACUCCUUCAGCUUACACAGUCAAAAACAUCGGAUCAGCUACGAAAUGAAAAACGAACACUGAUUGAUGCCCAAUCGGUGUUUGCACGCCUGAAACACAAGAAGAUCUCCCCAUCCUCGAAGAAGGCCUAUGCCCGCCAGUCAUUAACAGGUAUCAUCAACCAAUCUCAGAAGAACUUUAGCAACUUCAAGAACUCUGGUGCUCCACAAAAUCUGGGAAUAAUUCCUAAAAAGGCUUGCCCAGGGACGUCUUCCAAUCAUUCGCCACAGGAGGAGGAAAGCAGUAGGGAAGAUGUGGAUCCAAAAACCAUGUCUUCCACUCAUGAAGAAAAACGAGAACACAGUACUUCACCCCAAUACAAUGACAUGAUUCGGGAAACACCAACAUCCAAUAAUGUGCCUGAUUCGGCAACAGACCACAGCAAGGCCAGUCAGAGUUGUAGUGGUAUGACUCUUGGCAGUCAAAAUACACCGAGUAGCCUUGUUGGGUAUGAUUGCAGUACUAGUGAUAGUGAUUAAUUUAAUCAACUUUGUUGAAUCUGUACUCUUAUUAAGGUAAUAAAAAAGUGUGAUAUUAAUAUAUGCAAAUUUCAGGUUGUUUAAAUUAAACAUUAUUGUACAUAUUUUAUCUUGUGUACAUGAAUAUUGUUAUUAGAGUAUACAGGUAUUAAUCUAUUACCUUAGAAAUACAGAAGAACUUGUAUCAAGUGAAUCUGACAAA